AUGUGAACAUAAUAUAUUUCACAAGUUUGAAUAGAAGUACUAGUGUUAACUGCAGCAUCCUCGUCACCGACGUCACUGGACCUGACCGGAAGUUAAAUUGUAUCACUUUACUUUCUGCAGGCCACGUUGGUUUCCCUUACUUUAGACUUUCUAUGCAUUAGUGUUUUUCUUAGCUCAGCACAGGAUUUUAGCACAGUCCUCACCUCUCGUGAAUGCUCAGCCAUGAGGUAUCUUUGGACCAAAGCAGGUGUUUUCGGUUCAGUGUCAGUGGCUUUUGGUUCAAUGCUGUGGUCUCAGAAAAAGAGUGAACCGGACCCAGUUGCUUCAAAUAGCGCCUCUGCUGACACAAAUCCCAGUUCCCCCUACGAGCUAAAAUUGGUUCAAGUCCUGUUCCGACAUGGCGCUCGAACACCACUGAAGUCGAUACCUGAUGUGAUGGAGGUCCAAUGGGUGCCUACGCUCUUGGAGCCUCCAGCACACACCCACAUCAACUAUGAAGUAACAGAUCUUCAUGGCGGCCCCAGGCCCCCAGCUCCCGUCGAAGACAGCUAUCGGAAAAACGUACUGACCGGUGGCACGUUCCCCGGUCAGCUGACCACAGUGGGCAUGCAGCAGCUAUAUGAGCUGGGCAAGAGGCUGAGGAAGAGAUACAUCGAGGAGAGCUCUUUCCUCAGCUCCACCUUUAGUCCAGCUGAGGUCUAUGUGCGCUCCACUAACAUUGUGAGGACCAUUGAAUCUGCCAAGUGCCUGGUAGCAGGGCUCUUCCAGCAAAAACAAAAAGAAAUUGUGCCUAUUCUAACAACGGAGGCAGAAUCUGAAAUCCUAUAUCCUAACUAUCAUGGAUGUAAGCUGCUGAGACUCCUUGCCAGCCACCGCUGGGCAGAGUCGUCCACUCUGCCAGACAUUGCAGCAGACCUGCAGAGCAUCCAGGACGCGUUGGGCAUCGCUGCUCACCAGCACAUCGACUUCAUCCUCAUUAGGGACGACAUGGUUGCCAGAGAGACACACGGCCUGCCCUGCCCAUCAGUACUGGACACCUGGAGGAGUAAAGUGGAACAGAGAGCUGUGGACAUGAUCUGCCAUGUAUAUGAACCCAGCAAGAGUGAGAACUUGCAGCUGUGUGUGGGACCACUGCUGCACACAUUGUUAGCCAACAUCGAGGAGAAACUACAGGGCAGCGCAUCCAAUCCAAACAGGAAGUUGUUUUUGUACUCUGCACAUGACACCACUUUGAUUCCCUGUCUGAUGGCUAUGGGGGUUUUUGACAUGAAAUGGCCACCAUAUGCUGCCGAUAUCACUCUGGAGCUGCACCAACACCGGCAGACCAACAAGUCCUUUGUUAAAGUGUCGUACGUUGACCAGGAUCAACUUAUACCAGGCUGCAGUGGAGUCUACUGCCCCCUGGAGGAGUUCAAGCAGGUCCUCUCAGCAUACUCCCUAAACUCUGAACUCUACCAAUCACUUUGCAACAGCACAGAGGGCUCGACCGAACCCUGAAGUCUCACAAAAACCUUCACAUCAACACAGUGCAACCUAUGACUUUACACUCCAACAGGCACUAUACAUCAUGUUUUGUUUUUUUCCUCACUUCCACUUCUCAGUCCAUCCAGCCACCAUCACCAUGGGAAACUUUGCGCACAAGUCCUAGAUUACAGCCUCUUUUGGAAAUCAUUUAGUUUACAUCACGUUUAAUUCUGUAAUACCUCAUCUCCAUGUAACCCUACUGUAAAAUGCUCAAUUAAGAUAGAUUAGUUAUAUAAUGGCAGAUUGACAAGUGCAGAAUAAUUUUGCCAUACAGUGUUUGUGAUAUCAGAUGCUUAGAGCAUAGGUGUCUGCUUGCAUGUACUUAAUCUGUGUGGUUUAAUGAUAAACGCAUCAUGAUUUUCUUAUUUACAACAAACGCCCAAAGAAUAAAACUAACAAUGUCUGUCCUGACUCACAGUCCCAUCAUAAAUGGAUAAAAGGAGAUGACGAUACUUUUUAGUCUAAAUUAUUUGAGAAAACAUCCUGACAUGGAUUAAUAGAAAUGUGGCAAUAAAAGAAUAUAAUCCUGGGCAUGUUCAAUAGUUGUUAGACAAUAGUGAAGGGCACAGAGGAAUAACUAUCGGAUAAUACUUGUAAUACUUGUGAGAAGGAUACAUUGAUUGUUGAUUUUGGUCUUUUGGUGAUUUGUUGCAAAGAAAAAUACAGAAUAUCAGCAUUUUGCUUAGAAGUUAAAACCAUUGCUGCAAUUAACUCUUACAAUAAAAUAUGGAUAUCUUAAAGGUUGACUAAUGUUGCACCAAGUCCAGUAUCUGAUUGCUGCUGCAGUUACUGUCAAUUUGGUUGUGCUCACAAUCAAAUCUUUCACAUUUAAUCAAUUCAUUCCUCAGGGUAAUACUAACAAGUUCAUGUACUGUAUCUAAUGUUGGGGAUUGUACAUUAGUGUGUAGAUAAACGUCUUCAUAAUGAUGUAGACUCUGCAGAAAUGGCUUUAUUCUUCUACAGCAUGUUUUAAGAGUGAAAUAUUAGGUUGCCUUAUGAGGAUUUUUUGGUUCAGUCAGACCACAGUAGAAUGUCUGCAUGAAUACAUGCCCAUUAAACAUAAACAUGUUUUACAAUAACACACUGAACCUCAUUACUGGGUGUUUUACAUGACCUGCUGUUUAAAUAUAAGGUUUGGAUUGGUGAGUCAUAAAUAAAGAUUUUGAUCAAUG